CUUGGACAUUAGCCUAAAAAGUCCCGUGGUUUUCUCCCUUUCGGGUUUCCACGUAAAAAUGGCUUGUUCAUACACAUUUAUACAUAUAUUUACUAUAUCGUGUUGGAUUAAACUCAACACUGGCGCCGUCUGUGGGAAUCUGUCCAAAAAGAUUCACGUGUUCUACACAAUUUUCAUACGAGAAACACACUGAUUUCAGCAAAAAGAAGAAAAGUUCGGGAACUUUGGUCUUGGGAAGCUCCGGAUCUGAGGCAGGAAUGUGGCUGCCACCAGUACCUGCCCAAUCGAGCAAGCAAGGAGGAAGAAGGAAACAAUGAAAUCUGGGAGUUCAAAUUGGGAUUUUCUCAGAUGGGUUGGGGUCGCCGGAGCCGUCGUCACCGUCCCCGGCCGCUGUGGAACCUCCCUUGUGUUCACCUGUAGCAGACGAAGGCACUGCAGCACCCCAGACCUCGCAACACCUGCAAAACAGUUGCCCACCGCUCACAGCUACCUCCGCCACCGUGCCGGCACGACCUGAGGUACUUGUCGGCUGGGAGUUAUCUGAUUCCCGCCGUUAGCGGUGGUGUAGACCUCAAGAAAGAUGCCAGACACUAGCCGCUCAGACCGUCCUUGCUCUGCUGCGACUGACAUCUCUACCGGCAGAGCGUGGUCGGCGGGUACGAACAGCGUCUGGCUCCACCUUUCCUUUUCUAAGCAGUAAAGAGUCCGUAUAAACUACCUUGGUCUAAAGCGGACCACGUCCGCACGUUUGAGACCAAGUAAUGGAAGGCCAACUUUCAGUUGAAGAUUUGACCCAGUCAAAAUUGGGGGAAUUCCACCUAAGCCGAGGAGGCUGUCCAAGACGCUCGUGGCUGAAUAAUUGGAGUCCUCGGUUCUUGGGCAAAGUUGUGGAGAAUUUUGACCAAAGUCAAAAUUGGCAUUCAAGCCAUGCUGGCCGAGACUUUAUCCCCAAAAGUUAAGUACCCAUACUUAAUUUUAAGUUGGUACAUUCAAUUGUUGUUUAAAAUAUUAGUAUUGCUAUUUUUAUCACCAUUAUUUAUUAGGGAAUAAAACCUCCCAAAAUUAAAUAAUGCCGAGCGAUGCUCUUGUGAUAAUUAGUUUUCACCGUCAUUUUUAUUAAUGAUUGGUUGUUGUGGGCCCGUCGGCCCGCUCCUGAUCAGCUUUAAUUAGCGAACGGAGCGCAUCUGGAUGACCAAUGAUAGGAUAAUAUCGGUAUUAUUGCCUGUUACAUCACUAUUAUUUGUUAGGGAUAAAAAUGUCCCGAAAUAAAUAAUGCAGAGCGAAGCUCUAGUGAUAGUUAGUUCGGCCAAUAUUUUAUCGAAUAUUUAAUUUUUUGUGGGGCCCGAUGGCCCACUCUCAAUCAGCUUGAUUAAGCGAUCCGAGCGUCUCCAGAAGGGCGAUGCCCCGACGACGCAUUUUAAUUGGGGGGUUACGCAUUGGUCCGCACGACACCAAGUGCCCGAGCGACGAUCGUACCCUAGUACCAUCUGCGCCACUAGGCGAAGUGACUGUGCCAAACGCGGCCUGUGGGGCCCGGGGGCACCGAAGUGCUCAACCUCAUUUUUCGAGGGUAGUGCGACCAACUUGGGUCUGAGUUUGAAAACUCACGGACCGGUGAAUAUUUCUAUGUGACGUUCGGCGGGCUGCCAAUUGGCCCCGCCGCGAGCUGCUACGUCCAUUAACCCCGCACGAUGAGCCGGGCCGAGGGUCACGAUGACCCAUAGGUCGGUAAUCGUGGGUGUUAGAGGGAAGCCACGAUGACCCAUGCAGAUGGUUAUGUGUGCAUAUUUAUUAUCGGGCCGUGCGGCCCGUUACCAUGCUUAUUGCGCAGCCGAAGCCGCUCGACGCGCUUGAGCGCAAUGAUUAGAAGACGCUCGGCCCGAAUCUUGAAGACGUGCAGGGCCGGCUAAAGAGGAGACCAUCACGGCUGAGGACCGUGAGACGAGCAUCUCCACCUAGAGGCCGAGGGCCUAGAGGAGACCACCACGGUUGAGGACCGUGGGACGGGCAUCUCCACCCAGAGACCGAUGGCCUAGGGAGAACACCUAGAGGCCGAGGGUCUAGAGUGGACUACCACGGCGGAGGACCGUGAGACGAUCAUCCAUCAUUCAGAGGCCGAGGGCCUAGAGGAGACCAUCACGGCCGAGGGCCGUGAGACCAUCCUGAUCUUCAGGUCGGCCUCUCACUGCCGACAACACCAUAUCACGACCGGCCUCUCGGCACGGCGUGCUUUCCAUAUUUGAAGACCGGCCUCGUCCCCGCACGGCGCGGAUGAGAGCCGUUGCUGGAUUGCAGAUCGGCCCCUCAUUGCCGACACUGCCACAUCAUGUUCGGCAUCUCAUUGCCGACAUCAUCAUACCACGACCGGCCUCUCGGCACGGCGUGUUUAUCUUUUGAAGACCGGCCUCGUCCCCGCCCUUCGUGGAUGAGGGCCGUUGCUUGAUUCUGUCAGAUCGGCCUCUCAUUGCCGAAACCAUUAUAUCGCGACCGGCCUCUCGGCACGGCGUGCUUUCCAUAUUUGAAGACCGGCCUCGUCCCCGCACGGCGCGGAUGAGAGCCGUUGCUGGAUUGCAGAUCGGCCCCUCAUUGCCGACACUGCCACAUCAUGUUCGGCAUCUCAUUGCCGACAUCAUCAUACCACGACCGGCCUCUCGGCACGGCGUGUUUAUCUUUUGAAGACCGGCCUCGUCCCCGCCCUUCGUGGAUGAGGGCCGUUGCUUGAUUCUGUCAGAUCGGCCUCUCAUUGCCGAAACCAUUAUAUCGCGACCGGCCUCUCGGCACGGCGUGCUUUCCAUAUUUGAAGACCGGCCUCGUCCCCGCACGGCGCGGAUGAGAGCCGUUGCUGGAUUGCAGAUCGGCCCCUCAUUGCCGACACUGCCACAUCAUGUUCGGCAUCUCAUUGCCGACAUCAUCAUACCACGACCGGCCUCUCGGCACGGCGUGUUUAUCUUUUGAAGACCGGCCUCGUCCCCGCCCUUCGUGGAUGAGGGCCGUUGCUUGAUUCUGUCAGAUCGGCCUCUCAUUGCCGAAACCAUUAUAUCGCGACCGGCCUCCCGGCUCGGCGUGCUUUCCAUAUUUGAAGAUCGGCCUCAUCCCCGCUCCCCGUGGGUGAGGACCGUUGUGUGCUCACUCUCAGAUCGGCCUCUCAUUGUCGAUAUCAUUAUAUCACGACCGGCCUCUCGGCAUGGCGUGAUUAUCAUCUUUUGAAGACCGGCCUCGUCCCCGCGCUGCGCGGACGAAGACCGUUGCUGGAUUUCUUUCAUAUCGGCCUCUCGUUGCCGACAUCAUUAUACCACGACCGGCCUCUCGGCUCGGCGUGCUUAUCUUUUGGAGACUGGCCUUGUCCCCGCCCCUCGCGGACGAAGACCAUUGCUUGAUUCUUUCAGGUCGACCUCUCACUGCCGACGCUAUCAUGUUAUGUUCGGCCUCUCGGCACGACAUAUUUAUCUUUUGAAGACCGGUUUCAUCCCCGCGCUGCGUUGGAUGAGAGCCGUUGCUCGGAUAUAUCGGCCUGACCGGACACUAUUGUCAUCUCCAUUAUCAGGACCGACUGCUCAGCGACAUUAUGAUCAUUGUAUAUCGGCUCCCAAUGCCGACCUUCUUGAGUUAGCGAUCGGGCUCACCCCUCCCUUCAGGAGGGUGACCAUCGCCUUCGCAUGACAUUAUAUGUGACAUCACUUGUGGUUAUUCUUGGAACCGACGAACGUAUUUUCCUCCCUCAAAAAAAAAAAAAAAAAAAAAAAAGAAGCAAAAAAAAAAAAAAAAAAAAAAAAAAAAAAAAAAAAAUAUGGGGAGAAGGGGAGACGAGAUCCUAUGAGAGAGGGAGUCUUGACGAGGUAUGCCUGAUCUUCCUUCGCCGCGUAUGACGAACGUCUCCCGACGCGGAGGUUAGUAGGAACGUGGGGGAGGCUAGACGUACCAAAGGGAACCUCGGCAAGAUAAACCAGUUCCUCCCAUUUCCCGUGGAUCGAUGAACACCUUCUGCAAAAGCAGAAGGCUAGUAGGGCCACGAGCAUGGGACGACGAAGCAGGGAAUCCCGACGUGGAUACACCUGUUCCUCCUUGCGAUCGUUGGUUGACCGAACGUCUUCUUCGAAGUAAGAAGAUUAGUAGGACCGCGACAAGGACGAACGAAGAAUAGGGAAUCCCGACGUGGAUACACCUGUUCCUCCUUGCGAUCGUUGGUUGACCGAACGUCUUCUUCGAAGUAAGAAGAUUAGUAGGACCGCGACAAGGACGAACGAAGAAUAGGGAAUCCCGACGUGGAUACACCUGUUCCUCCUUGCGAUCGUUGGUUGACCGAACGUCUUCUUCGAAGUAAGAAGAUUAGUAGGACCGCGACAAGGACGAACGAAGAAUAGGGAAUCCCGACGUGGAUAAACCUGUUCCUUCUCAUAGUUGGGAUGACGAACGUCUCCUGCGAAACCAGGAGACCAGUACUCACGAGACUUGGGAAGAACGAAGAACCAGUUCUCUACCGGAGUCUGUGCGUGCCGAGUGUACACUGCUUAGCGGUCCGUACAUAGGACCACGGAUACGGUAGACGAACGAAGACCAGCUCCAUGGAUCAGACACGAUGGACCAGCUCUUUACCGGAGUCUGUGCGUGCCGAGUGUACACUGCUUAGCGGUCCGUACAUAGGACCACGGUUACGGUAGACGAACGAAGACCAGCUCCAUGGAUCAGACACGAAGAACCAGUUCUUUAUCGGAGUCUGUGCGUGCCGAGUGUACACCGCUUAGCGGUCCGUACAUAGAACCACGGAUACGGUAGACGAACGACGAUUAGCUCCCCAGCUCAGACAGGAGAGACAUUGCCCAGAUUUAUUUUCAGGCUCACCAUUCCUUCCCGGAUGGAGUCCUGGCAGACGAUCGGUUUCUCACAGCCAAUCAGGAGAGAGACUUGACACAUCACCAGCACGGCCGAGGGCCGCGAGAGGCCGAGGGCCAUGAGAUGAUCAUCACUAUUUUUAUGCAUCACGAUCGGCCCCUCAGCGCCAUCGUGUCCGGAUUCACGGUUCGGAUCACCCAUUCCCUCCAGGAUGGCGACGACCGUCUUGUGCAGUACGAUCGGCCCCUCAGCGCCAUCGUACCCAGCUCACGUUCGGCUCGUCCAUCCCUUCCAGGGUGGCGACGAACGUCUUAUGCAUCACGAUCGGCCCCUCAGCGCCAUCGUGUCCUGAUUCACGGUUCGGAUCGCCCAUUUCCCUCCAGGAUGGCGACGACCGUCUUAUGCAGUACGAUCGGCCCCUCAGCGCCAUCGUACCCAGCUCACGUUCGGAUCGCACAUUCCCUUCAGGAUGGCGACGACCGUCUUAUGCAGCACGAUCGGCCCCUCAGCGCCAUCGUGUCUCUUUCACGUCCGGAUCGCGCAUCCCUUCCAGGAUGGCGACGAACGUCUUAUGCAGUGCGAUCGGCCCCUCAGCGCCAUCGUACCUGGCUUCACGGUUCGGCUCGUCCAUCCCUUCCAGGGUGGCGACGAACGUCUUAUGCAUCACGAUCGGCCCCUCAGCGCCAUCGUGUCCGGAUUCACGGUUCGGAUCACCCAUUCCCUCCAGGAUGGCGACGAUCGUCUUAUGCAGUACGAUCGGCCCCUCAGCGCCAUCGUACCCAGCUCACAUUCGGCUCGUUCAUCCCUUCCAGGGUGGCGACGAACGUCUUAUGCAUCACGAUCGGCCACUCAGCGCCAUCGUGUCCAGUUCACGGUUCGGCUCGCCCAUUCCCUCCAGGAUGGCGACGACCGUCUUGUGCAGUAUGAUCGGCCCCUCAGCGCCAUCAUACCCAGCUCACGUUCAGCUCGUCCAUCCCUUCCAGGGUGGCGACGAACGCCUUAUGCAUCACGAUCGGCCACUCAGCGCCAUCGUGUCCAGUUCACGGUUCGGCUCGCCCAUUCCCUCCAGGAUGGCGACGACCGUCUUGUGCAGUAUGAUCGGCCCCUCAGCGCCAUCAUACCCAGCUCACGUUCAGCUCGUCCAUCCCUUCCAGGGUGGCGACGAACGCCUUAUGCAUCACGAUCGGCCCCUCAGCGCCAUCGUACCUGGCUUCACGGUUCGGCUCGCCCAUUCCCUCCAGGAUGGCGACGACCGUCUUGUGCAGUAUGAUCGGCCCCUCAGCGCCAUCAUACCCAGCUCACGUUCAGCUCGUCCAUCCCUUCCAGGGUGGCGACGAACGCCUUAUGCAUCACGAUCGGCCCCUCAGCGCCAUCGUACCUGGCUUCACGGUUCGGCUCGCACAUUCCCUUCAGGAUGGCGACGACCGUCUUAUGCAGCACGAUCGGCCCCUCAGUGCCAUCGUGUCUCUUUCACGUCCGGAUCGCGCAUCCCUUCCAGGAUGGCGACGAACGUCUUAUGCAGUGCGAUCGGCCCCUCAGCGCCAUCGUACCUGGCUUCACGGUUCGGCUCGCACAUUCCCUUCAGGAUGGCGACGACCGUCUUAUGCAGCACGAUCGGCCCCUCAGCGCCAUCGUGUCUCUUUCACGUCCGGAUCGCGCAUCCCUUCCAGGAUGGCGACGAACGUCUUAUGCAGUGCGAUCGGCCCCUCAGCGCCAUCGUACCUGGCUUCACGGUUCGGCUCGCACAUUCCCUUCAGGAUGGCGACGGCCGUCUUAUGCAGCACGAUCGGCCCCUCAGCGCCAUCGUGUCUCUUUCACGUUCGGAUCACGCAUCCCCUCCAGGAUGGCGAUCGACCGUCUUAUGCAGCAUGAUUGGCCCCUCGGUGGCAUCAUGUCUAGUCCACCUUCGGCUCCGCCCAUGCCAUCUCGGAUGGGGGACCCGUCUUAUGCAGCACGUCUGCUUCUCGGCGCUGACAUGCCCGUGUUAUCGAUGAGAGCUACUGCUUCUAUCACAUCUUGCAUUCCCUCUCUCAUACAUUACAUACAUACAUUACAUGCAUACAUACAUCCAUGCAUCAUACCUCAUACAUUCAUACAUACACACGUGCAUCAUGUUUUGAUAGUACCGCGACGUCGGGUUAUAGAUGAUGGACCUCUAAGCUUCUCCGAUUGGAAAGCUCGAGUCAGAGUCCUUUACUCCCGCCUGAUGCAUUCAGGGGGAGUGUGCCCGUGGAGGAGCACCCUUCGCCCGACCCUGUCGGGAAGGGGGGUGCCUCACUGGUAGAUUACGUUCAGGAGUGCAGACACUCACUCAUAUAUGAUGAUUAUGUGAAGACACAGUUUCCAGCAAGACAGAGGAAGAGCGCAGGCAGAGUAUAUUUUCUCGAGCAGAUUCGCGAGCUCACUACUCAAGAAACUGGGGGACUUGUGUUGGGAUAUAUUAUCCCGGCCUAUUACUGUUCAGGGGCCCAAGACAUUAUCCAGUACGGAGCCCGAGCAGCUAGGCCCAUUUCGGCCCAUUAGGCCCGAUAUUGGCCCGUUUGGCCCAUUAGGGUGGAGAGCACCCUUUCCCUUUGUCUAUAAAUAGGGAGCUUAGCCUCCAUAUUAUGGAUCUUUCCUUCUUCCUUUAGCUCUCUAGAUUAGAUAAUACUCCAUGAAUGGGAGCUCAAAAUGUACUAUGUAAUGGUGAGGAGAGCCUAAUGAGAAUUGAGAGGGCUUGGACAUUAGCCUAAAAAGUCCCGU